AUGGGUAAUGAUGCUUCGUGGGUGUCAGUUGUUGAUGUGUGUAGAGGGUCCCUGGUUCGAACCCUGGUGGGGACGGACUAAAGUUAUACUGUUACAAUUACAGCAGCAACUCAUCCUGGGAUACACAUAAAACAAAUGAAUACAUGACAGUUUACACAACUGUUAUAGGUAACAACAACAACAUAAGAUAACAUUACAUUAUAAAUAAAAUAAACAAUUUAAUUGCAUAGAGAAAAUUACUGGUAAGAAGUAAGAGAAAACAUGAGUUCUGGUUGUUUUGCAAUGACUCACGACAGAAUAAGCAACGUAGUGAAUAUUUAAACUGCGUUACUCCAGCCAGCAGAUGGCGACUUAAGUCUUCCAGUUGAUGCCUCUUGCGUGACGUAUAAUCUAGUGGACGGGACGCUUUUUCAACAGCAACAAGGCUAUUGAUUCAACCACUUCGCUAGCCAACUAAUAACCGAAAUAUUGACGUUUCUUUGGCAAUUUUUUCGUUUAUUAAUCUCGGUGAUUUAAACACAACUAUGUUUACGUAUCUAAUGGUUUACUUGAAUGUAAUUUGCUUGGUAACUUUGCAAAAAACUUGUUAAGUUUGAUACUGAGUCUAACACUAGGCUUGUCGUUAAUGCUAACUAGCUAACGUCCCUGACCAUGAUCUCACUAAGCUACUCCCCUCCUGCUAACGAAGAGGAGGUCUGCUGGACGGAGAAAGAAGCUCUGGCGCUGAACAUUGUUGUAAAAGAGGAAGAGGAGAAUAUUACAGUGAAAGGAGAGGAAGAAGCUUUCAGAAUAAAACAGGAGGAAGAGGAUGCUGUUACAGUGAAAGAAGAGAAGGAACAUUUUGGAGAGGAAGAGGCAGAGGAGGCUCUCACGUUGAAAGAAGAUGAAGAUGUUACGUUGAAAGAAGAGGAAGAACCUUUUGGAGUGGAAGAGGAGGCUAUCUCAAUAAAAGAGGAGGCGGAAGACGUAUUGGGGGUGGAGGAAGAGGAGACAGAAGAUCUGAAUAACAUCAGAGAAAGAUCAGACUCAGAGGAACCAGAGACGUCCAAACCAGCAAAACCACACGACUGCUCCAACUGCGGGAAGAGUUUUACCAAGUUAGGAAACCUGAGAAGACAUGAGAGGACACACACAGGAGAGAAACCUCAUCACUGCUCCCAGUGUGGGAAGAGUUUUACCCAGUUAGGGAACCUGAAAAUACACGAGAGAAUACACACAGGAGAGAAGCCCUACGAAUGCUCUCAAUGCGGAAUGAGUUUUACCAAGUUAGGGUACCUGAAAUCACACGAGAGAACACACACGGGAGAGAAGCCUUUCCACUGCUCACUGUGCGGGAAGAGUUUUACAGAGUUAGGCAACAUGAAAAGGCAUGAGCGGACACACACAGGCGAGAAGCCUCAUCACUGCUGUCAGUGUGGAAAGACUUUUACAGAGUUGGGGAGCCUGAAAAUACAUAAGAGAAUACACACAGGGGAGAAGCCUUACCGCUGCUCCCUGUGCGGAAAGAGUUUUACAGAGUUAAGCAACCUGAAAAAACAUGAGAGAACACACACAGGAGAUAAGCCUUUCCACUGCUCCCUGUGUGGAAAGAGUUUUACAGAGUUAGGGAGUCUAAAAAUGCAUAAGAGAAUACACACAGGAGAGAAGCCUCAUCACUGUUCUCAGUGCGGAAAGAGUUUUACGAAGUUAGGGAACCUGAAAAUGCAUGAGAGAAUACACACAGGAGAGAAGCCUUACCAAUGCUCCCUGUGCUUAAAGAGUUUUGCCUCAUUAAGGCAAUUGAAAGAACAUGAAAGAAUCCACACCAUAGAGAAACGUUAGCUAUGCUCCUAGUAUGGAAUUGUAUAUUUUUAACCAGUCAGUUUUAACCAGUCAGUUUUAACCAGUUAGUUUUAACCAGUUAGUUUUAACCAGUUAGGGCACCUGAAAAAACCAUGACGCAAUACAUACAGUGACGAUGCCUUACCGCUGUUCCAGUGUAGAAACGAAUAUAGCACAUCAAAUAUACUUUAAGUUAAUGACAUUCUAUUUUAAAGCUACAAUGUGUAACAUUUUUGUGCAAACCUGACACACAUUCACACAGAAAACCCCCACAAAUAAUGCUCCCACACUUGUCUCAUAUAUUGUACCGCAAAAGGUUUUGCUUUUGUUUAUGCCACAUGAAAUCAAGUUGUAUAAAAUGGACCAAAAAAUACAGCUAUGUGUUUUUUCAUUUCAAAAUAAUAACUG